AUGGUAAGGAAAAUAUCAGAGGAGCUCAUAAAAUGCAUGGAAGACAUAAGAAAGUAUGUUGAAAGCAGAAAGUCGCCAAGAGAGCAGAUAAACUUGAAGAAAAGGAAAGUAGGGAUUCUGGGAGGAUGCGUCAAGAAGCAUCCUUUGCCGCUCAAGCAUGCAAUCAGAAUGAUAGAUAAGCGUAAGGAAAAAGCCAUAGCAAAACGUGAAAUGCUGGCAUCCAUAGGCGUGUCUAAGAAAAGAUCGAAGUAG